AUUCAGGCAAGGGCGGUAAAGACCCAACACAAUAUAUAUUGACCCUUGGCUUCACGCUCUACAGAAAGAAUAACACAAAUUUAGGGUUUGCGUUGUUGAUAACGAAAGCAUAAAUCAAAGAUGAUUGAGGUUGUGUUGAACGAUCGAUUGGGUAAGAAAGUGAAGGUGAAGUGCAAUGAAGAUGACACAAUCGGUGAUUUGAAGAAGCUUGUUGCUGCUCAGACUGGUACACGUGCCGACAAGAUUCGUAUUCAGAAGUGGUACAAUGUCUACAAAGACCAUAUUACCCUUAGGGAUUACGAAGUUCAUGAUGGCAUGGGCCUUGAGCUUUACUACAACUAGAUAAAACCACAAUAGGUAAUUUUAGAGUUUUUGGGAGUUUUAUGAUGUUUUGUUGAGUUGAGAAUUUGGGGUUGAUUUUUGUUUUGAUAUUUUGGUGGUUGGAUUGGAAUUGAAUGGUUAAUUCUCUGUAUGUGAUUUAGGUUAUUAUGCGCCUUUUGGAUUUUUGUUAUACGUUUAUGCUGUUGGUAUGCAAAUAUUUUUAGUCCGAAGUAUUGUUGCAAUUUGA